UCGCGUGCGCCUCGCUGUCAAUUAAAUAACAAUUGCAGAUCAGCAAAUAUACGUCUUUCUGGCGAAUUUCGUGUGAGAAACCAACACUAUUUGUUGACAAUCAACGCUUUGCAUUUACAAAAAUGUCGUCAGAUUGCGCCACCGAAGCGGCUGAUCAACAAUCAGAUCAUCAUGUGCACUUUGAUGCGACCACGUUGAAGACUGAUGACUUUGGCUCGGAUUCCUGUGUGACAUAUCAGCGAUCGGGGGAUACGAUUGUCGUUAGCCUGGGCUUUCUGCAGAUCAAUCAUCGCUAUCUGAUCGAUCUGAAUUUGCCGGCGUCACUGUUUGGCAACACCGGUGCGCCGGGCACCAAAUUUGUGCCUGUGGUGAGCGCCACACCGAAUCUGCAUUGCAGCAUCACGGAGUUCACCGGCACCAAGCACGACGAGCAUGACUUCUUCGAAAUGAAGAUCGAGUUCUUUGCGUACAAGGAAAAGCUGCUCCGGGAGGAGCUGCACAUCGUUAACUCUAACAAUGCCAAGGAGGUACUCCAGCUGGUGAUUGCGGCACGUGUCCUCGGCAAGGGCAAGGGUACGCCCAUGUUGCGCACGGGCAUCCACUGCAUAGGCGUCGAAUGGGAUGACGAUGAAUCGGAGCAGUCCGAUUUUGCUGGCUUCGAUAAGCCCUAAGUCGCCUUAAAUCCACCUGGAGGCUGGACCUAGUUUGGUUUCUUAGUUAUGUGCAGUUAGUUGCAUAGAUUUUAAGUAAACAUUAUUCAUAAUCCGUAAUGUUAAUUUAUAGCCAUGUGUGUACUCGGAUGUGUGUACGCAUAUAAGGCAGGCAAGUUAUAUGUAAAUUAUUGAGCAUUAGAAUUCCAAUCCAAUCCCCGCCAUUCAUUCGUGUACACCCCAAGAAUAUGUAAACGUAAUUAAUUCAAUUAUUUGUUUGUUAAGUUAUAUUUGCAAUUUCAGUGUCA